AUGAAACAAGAAGCGGAUCAAGUGGAGAUCGAGUGCGGUUCGUCAGCCGAAUCUGAAGAUGGGUUAUUCAAAAAACCACUCUACCCCAGGUCUAUGGAGCUCAACUUUCGCCACGUGUCCUACACCGUCUCUACGCGCAGCAACCGGGGAAGCGACGCCAGCGCCGGCGCCGCCGCCGGUGACGGAAGCGAUACCGCCAUCAGCCGAAGUUGGAGCUGCAAGUUGAGCGCGGUUUCACGGCAAUUAACGAUGAAGAAGCAUUACAUACGCACGAUUCUCGCCGACGUCAAUGGCGCCGCGAGAUCCGGCGAGGUCACGGCCAUUAUUGGUGCGAGCGGCUCGGGCAAGACGACGCUCCUUGACAUCCUUGCGCACCGCAUCGCGAGGGAACGACGGUCGGGCUCGAUGGAGCUGGACGGUGUCAUGGUUCGCGGGGAUACAGUGCGGCGCAUAUCGGCGUACGUGAUGCAGGACGACCUCAUGUUCCCCUCGCUGACAUCGCGUGAGACGCUCAUGUUCGCUGCGAAAUUGCGCCUCGUGGCGCGCGGAAUGACGCGGGAGGAGAAGGAGCAGAAGGUGGAGAGUCUAUUGGAGUUGUUGGGUCUGACGAAGGUGGCCGAUUCGUUCAUCGGGAACGAAAGCCAACGCGGCGUGUCCGGCGGGGAGCGCAAGCGCGUGGCGAUCGGGAUGGAGAUGGUGAGCGAUCCGCGGAUCCUCUUCCUCGACGAGCCCACCUCCGUUGUAGACUCCACCAGCGCCUACCGCGUCGUGCAGGCGAUUAAAGACAUCGCCGUGCAGACCGGCAGCAUCGCCAUCAUGGUUCUGCACCAGCCUAUUCUCCGAGUGCUGUCGUUAAUCGACCAUUUGCUGCUCCUCGCGUCGGGGUAUACUAUUUUUGACGGCCCGCCUCCCCAUCUUCCCACGUUCCUCGAGUCGUUCGGCUGUCCCGUGCCGCGAUUUGCUAACUAUGCCGAGUUCGCCAUAGAUCUUAUCGAGGAGUAUCAGCGGUCGUCCAGUGGGAUCGCAAAACUCGUCGCAUACGCCACAUCGUACCAGCAAACGUCGCACAUGUCACAGGACUCCGUUCAUUUGUCGUCGCUCGUGAAAGGGAGCAUUACCGAGACCGUCGCCGCGCUUCCGGCCCUUCAUUCUGCUUCGGACGCAAACGCCUGCCGCGCUGAUGUCGCCGACGGCGCUGCGGCCAUGCAGCUCGAUGGCUGCUCUAGGGCAGAUCCCGUCGUCGAUGCCGCCGCCGUAGUUGCCGCCGCAUCCGUCGCCGCGAUCACUGCGAAGAAAUCCAUUGUAAGGGAGAACGAUGAUGAUGACGAGGGCGUGGUGACUAACACUUGGCGGCGGUACGCCAAAGGGUGGACGGACGAGCUGAUGGUUUUGACGAAACGUGCGGCUCUCUACCUCCAACGGCUGGCGAAGGUGGCCGAGCGACUGGCGUUCUUCUCCUUCUCCAUCUCCGUACUCUUCUUCUGCUGCCUGGACGCCGUGCCGGUUUUCAUCGAGGAGCGAAACAUCUACAUCCGCGAAACCACGCGCAAUGCGUACCACCCCUCCACCUACCUCGUCGCGACGACGCUCGUGUACUUCCUGCUGCAUGUCACCUUGGCUUUACUCUUCGCCCUGGAGGUUUGGUGGGCGAUCAACCUCACUGGCGGCGCUGCAGGAUUCUUCUUCAUGGUUCUGACAUAUUUCCUUAUCCUCUUCGCUGCAAGCUCAUUUGCCGUCGCCAUCAGCGUUGCUGUGAACCACGUCGUGCUGGCAUACGCCCUUGGACUCGGCUUCAUGGCCUACUUCGCCCUAUUCAGCGGCUUCUACAUUCCCAAAUUCAACAUCCCCAACUGCUGGAUCUGGCUACACUACCUUUCGCCUAUGAAAUACGCCUACGAGGCACUUAUUCAGAGCGAAUUCACCCGCUCAGGACCCUGCUACUGGGUUGUUGGAAUCCCAAUGGUCAACAAGGGCUCCGUGCCUGGGGAAGGGAAACAAGUCUGUGUCACUGGAGCUUCUGGUUUUAUUGGAAGCUAUGUUGUCAAGCUGCUUCUGGAUCGGGGCUAUAACGUGAAAGGAACAGUUCGGGAUGCGAGCAACGAAAAGAAGACAUCAUGGAUUCGCGACCUCGCUAAGGGAAGGCCAGGGAAGCUCGAACUGUUUUCAGCCGACUUGAAUACGCCUGGAAGUUUUGAUGAAGCCGUCGAAGGAUGUGAAUUUGUCUGCCACGUCGCUGCGGUUGUUAGCUUGAAAGAGCCGAAUCCGCAGAAGGUUGUCGACGCAGCGGUCCAGGGGACAGAGAAUGUGUUCUCCUCCAUCCUCAAGCAUAAAACGGCGAAACGGGUGGUUUUGACAUCAUCUGCAGCAGCAAUCAUGGACUACUCGUCAAAUCGAGUGUUAACUGAAGAAGACUGGAACGCAAAUUGGGGUCUUCAUGAUCCUUACCCGAUGGGUAAGACUCUUGCGGAAAGAUAUGCCUGGAAGUUAGUGGAGGAUCUCAAGGGACGGGACUGGACCUUUGACCUUGUCACAAUCUGUCCAACCAUGGUGUUUGGUAGAGUUAUGCGUGAGGAGCACGCUCGGACAAGCCUCAACGUGAUAAGGCAACUUCUGGAGAAUCGGCUGUUUUUGGCUCCUAGUUUGUAUUUCAGCAUAGUGCACAUCAACGAUGUGGCCCUUGCUCAUGUUUUGGCACUGGAGAAGGAUGCAGCAAAAGGGAGGUAUAUAUUAUGCAAUGGGGACACUUUGAGCAUGUUGGAAAUUGCAGGUUAG